AUGCUUCGACCGGCGGAAGACUCGAAGGGUAAGAAGACUCCGGCUAAGAAUAUGCCACUUUUGGGGGAUCGAUUCAAGAAGAGGUCACCUGGCGGAAGGCCAGCGGCUGAUUCGGUUACAAAGCCUGAUGUGCCCGGAGGUAGAGGCGUCGGAGUCAAAGCUCUCAGCGGUGCGGGCCACGGCCGGGAUGAAAUUUUUGUGGAUGACGUAGCUUGAUCUAAUGAGAGGAAACAGCGUAUUCUCCACAGCUGCAUCAUUGGCAUUAGCUCAGGAUUACAGGUAGCGGAUAAUUCUUGUUAGUUGUAUAAACUUGACUAAAAGGUCAAAUUGUAGGGCUGCCGUGCUGGCUUGGAAGUCGACCAGGGAUUUCGAGGCGGCGAGGGCAAUUGA